AUACAGAUAUUAGCUUAAUGGACUGCGCAAUUUUAGUCCUAAAAGGUUCGUCUUCAAGUCUCUCUGCUGUUCUCCAGCCUCCUGUAUCAGAUCCUGUUGAACUGGGAGGAGAUACAACUUUGCAGUGUUCAAUACUCACAGAUACACCUGCAGGAGAUCACAGUGUGUACUGGAUCAGACAUGGAUCAGGAGAAUCUCAUCCAGGAAUCAUUUACACUCAUGGAAACAGGAGAGAUGAGUGUGAGAAAAGCUCUGAGACUGAUUCUCCUACACAGAGCUGUGUCUACAAACUCCCCAAGAGAAACCUCAGCCUCUCUGAUACUGGAACUUACUACUGUGCUGUGCUCAUGUGUGGAGAGAUCAUCUUUGGGAAUGGAACUAAACUGGACUUUGCAGGGAACAGUGUUUUGGUCCCAGUCGUUAUUGGUUUAGUAGCAUCUAACACCGUUUCUGUGGCUGUGAUUUUAUUUCUGUGUAGAAAAUUACAUGACAGUCAUCAUACAAAUGCUGCUGAAGGUCAAACAGUCCAAGUUAAUCAGGUUGAAUGUGAGGAAGCUUUGAACUAUGCAGCACUGAGUUUCACUAAGAAACCACCGUCAUCCAGAGGAACUAGAAGACAACAGAAGCUUAAAGACACUGAGGUUUACUCUCAGAUCAAAUAUCCCCAAUAA